UUGGACUGUUUUUUUUUGACUGUCAAACUAUAUUUGUAAUAUAGUACCAAAUAUUUCUUCAUCUUUCCAAAUUAUUUUUUGCUGUUGCAUUUCUAAAACUGUUUUUAACUCUCAAAGUUGCUUUCCUACUGUUCAACAAAGGAAAUGUUUAAAGUAUACAUCGGGAAUUUACCGCCCAACAUCAGCGAUAGCAACCUGAGCGGUUUGUUGAAGGAGCAUGGAGUAGAGACGAGCCAUAUAUUGCUGAAGUCCAACUACGCUUUUCUCGAUUGUCCCGAUCAGAUUAACGUCGAUAAAGCUAUUGACAAGCUCAACGGUUUUAAUCUGAAAGGAUUUCCUAUGUUAGUUGAACCCUCAGUUUCUAAACGAAGAUACAAAUGUUCUAUUUUGCAGAAUGUUUAUAUUCCGUUGUUACAAAAUGAUCUCAGUCGUUGGACUCACUACCUUUUUAAAUUUUUAGUUAGUAAUGGUGUUGUGUAUGUAACUUACAACAAUCCAGAUCAAGCUCAGCAAGUUAUUUCACAAUUAAAUGGUUAUGAUUUCCAAGGCUCAAUUUUAAAGGCUGAUUUUGCUAGCAGCAGAGCACGAAAUAACCAGUCUAAUUCUAAUAACGGCUCAGGGAUGGUGUGUGGUCAAGAUUUACCUCUUAGAGUUCUGGUUGGUAGAGAAUAUGUCGGUGCUAUCAUUGGCAAACAAGGUCAAACUAUAAAACAAAUUACAUCUCAGAGCAAUGCUCGAAUAGAUGUACAUCGGCCUCCUGAUAAUUCUGCUUCAGAGACGUUGGUAACAAUCAAAGGCAGCUCAAGCAGCUGCACCACAGCAUGCAGGGAAUUAAUGAAAGUUAUACAGCAAGAAGCAACUUCGUUAAAUCGAACAAACUCAUUACGAAUAUUAUGUCCAAACAGUCUUUGUGGUCGUAUGAUUGGCAAGCAUGGUAGUGUCAUUAAAAGCAUCAUGCAAGACUCAGAUUCUCACAUUACGGUCUCCAGUAUCAAUGAUGCAAAUGUGAAUAAUCAUUUCAUUGACCGUGUGAUUACAAUAAAUGCUUCGCUGGAUGCUAUGUCCAAAGCUGAAAAGAUGAUAUCAGAAAGGAUGAGGAAAUUCUAUGCUCAAGAUUCUCAACAGAUGGCUUAUCAGCCCCCAAUGGCUCUUGGAGUACCUGCAUUUGCUAUGAUGCCUGGAAUAAACAGUUUCCCUACUUUAAGGCAUCCUUAUCCUCCUUAUGUGCAAGGAAAUAAUUGGUAUCCUGGUUUCUGUGGUCUUCUUCCUAAUCCACAACCUCCACAGCAACAUCAAGAAGAAGUGACCUACCUCUAUAUUCCUAAAAGGGCUGUUGGUUCUAUUAUUGGAAGUAAAGGCAUCAACAUUCAGACAAUCAAAAGAGAUUCAAGUGCUCGAAUCAAAAUAUUACCAAAUAAUAAAGGUGAAGGUGAUGAGAAAAAAGGUUCCUCUUCAAAUAUGGACGAAAGGAAAGCUAUUAUUGUUGGUGAUUUAGAUGCUCAAUGGAAAGCUCAGUUUUAUCUUUUUGAGAAAGUUAAAGAUGAUGGAGCUUUUGGUAAGGAAGAAGUGAAGUUGCGUUCUGAAAUAAUGGUUCCUCGCAGCAUUAUUGGCAGAAUUAUUGGCCGUGGCGGACAGAAUCUUCAAGAAUUGCGGAGAGUUAGCCGUGCCAUUGUGAAAUUGCCUGACGACUUCACUGAAGAUGAUGUCCCUGUUACAAUCAUUGGAAAUUUUUAUUCUCUUCAGUCUGCCCAGCGACGAAUCAGAGAUCUCAUGGUGUCGGCCCUUCACAGUGCAGGCCCUCCACAAAUACCACACCAACAACAGCAACCACCAUUGAUUCCACUUCCCCAACCUCCCGUUUCCUAUCAUCAAAACAGGACAGUUAAAACCAGUAGGGAACAAGAAGUCAACUAAUUGUACAUAAUUAACAUCUCCCAACCCUGAUCAGUUGUUAAUCAAGUUAUCAGGUUCUGAUGACAUGCCAAAGAUGUCAAUCCAUUUUUAAGGAUGUAAGUUGUGUAGAUAAAAACUUUUAAUUUAACUUUCUAGGACUAACACUGACUGGAUUUCUUCCUUAUUACAUGAAGUAAAUAGGUAAAACUUUUGGUUUCUUUUUAUCCUCUUUCCUUUUUUAUAUAAUUUCUUGUGUUUCUUUAACUUCAUGUAAUUAUCUACUUCAAGAUUUUACUUCUGUUUGAGAGACAGACAAAAGUGGUUUCUGUCAAAUCGGGUUGUAUAAAGAAAGGUGGGGGGGGGGACGACAAAAUGACGGACGAUUGCUAUUGUUUGGAUCUCUCUGUUUCACUGAGGGCAGCAAUAAUCUGUGUGUAAAGUAGGCAGUUGUUGAGGUUGGUUGUUGUUGCUGUAAUUAUUGAUGAGGACUGUCCUCCACUAUUCUCUAUUGAUAGCUGAUAGUUGUUCAAUACAGUGGGUAGGAGCUGUUAGCCUCUGUCCAUUUUUGGACAUUUUGACUUUCCCCUUUUUUUUCUCUUUUUUUUAAAAUGAAAUAUCAAAAGGACACACAACUAAUUGUUGAAACUCUACAAACUGGUUUAUUUUUAUUUAUUUAUUCUUACAUGUCUAUGAUAAUCAUGAGCUAUUUUGUUGGAAGUGGAGUCAUUUUGAAAUAUAGGUAUUCAGUUGAACAAAUUUUAACCUGAGACCAUUGUUGAAUGUUGAACCUUGUCCGGCUCCUUUUUUUCUAAGGAAGUACAAAGUUUAUUUUUGAUACUUGUUGAGGUGCUUUAGAACUUUUAGAUGAUCUGCAUCUGACCACCACCAAACAUAAUUGUUUGUGUUUGGGCUAAAACAGCUCUGUGUAACCUUUUUUUUUUUUUUUUUUUUUUUUUUUUUGUUUUGUUUUCCUUGCCAACCCCACCACAAACAAUUUGAACAACUUGUCAAUAUUAGAAUGGAAACUAUUUUUGUUCUUUAACUCUGCAACUAAUGUUCACAGUGUCUGCCAUGCAACCUUUGGUAGCUCUGAGACUUUCAGAGUUUCACUGAUACAUUUUAUUCUUGUAUUUAUUGGAUUAGCAAUGGAUUUCUGAAACUGUAAAAUCAAAUAGUUUUUCUUGUCACCACACACACUUUUUGUUAUUUUACUUGACUCAAUUUAGAAAUGUUUUUGCUUUUAACUUUUUUGAGGAAAAGGAAUUUCUUGAUUUAUUAACUUAACGUUAGCAUGUGUUCACUGUUUGCAAUCAAUUUUAGACUUAGCACUUAAUUUAGGAAAUAGAGUAAUAUUGCCUUUAAUUAUGUGCCUUUGUUAGAUAUUUUUUUCUGAUAUCUCUUUCAAACUCUAAAAAAAAAAGUAAAAAAAAUGAAAAAAAAAAAAAGGAUAACUCUAGGUAAAAACCAGCAAUGUUUUACAUAUAAUUUGGAAUUUUUUGCUCUAAUUUCUUAAGAUUUUGAUUUUGAUAGUGCUGGAUUUUGGCACAUUUAGUGUGUGUGUGUGUUGCUUAUAACCACUGAGGCUUCAGAUAGUAUGUUCAGUUUUAUUCUCUUAGAUUUAUUUUUGCACAUUUUUAUGAGUUGUAAUAACCUUCUUACCAAUCCAUUUACAAUCUAAAGCCUUUUAUAUUUCUUAUUGGUGGUGACAAAAUGAAGGUUGUAACAACCUGUUCAUUUUUGAACUACAGAAUUAGAGAAAUGUGAUAUUUUUUAGAUGGAACUAUAUUCAGGUUUUCAAUUGAACGACAAUCUUCUUGACUGAACACUCUAGUUGUGUACAACAUUAAGUUCCCACCUAUCCCAGAAUUUGCAAGUUGAGCUGCAAACUCAUUACAUAUUUCAUGUGUACUCUCAAUGCAUUCAACCUAGACACCACACACUGCUUGUUCUAAAUUUUAUUUCAUCAAUUAUAAUUCUUUCUGAAUAUUGUAAUUAAGUGCAGUAAAUUGCACAUAUGCAUUUCAAAUAUUUGGUGAACGUUUGAUUGAUCAGAAGCUUAAGAUAUAAAAACAGUAUGUGCUAUUUUGAGGCUGGAAUAUCCCUGUGGGAAAAGAUUAAAAUAAAAAGACAAAUGCUAUCUUCUGCUUUGUCGGGUAAUUGUCUUGACUAUUAGCAGUUUAUUACACUGAAGGAAGGAAGGAAGAACAAGUUAGUGGGUUUUCAGUUGAGUCAAUCUGUUCCCCCCCUUUCAUCACUGGUUUGCCUGCAUAACUCUCUUUCCUGUUGUUAGUUUGUGAGUGAAUGAGUGAGAAUAUGCAUGUCUAUGUAAUGUAAAGAUCUUUUAAGCCAAAGACAAACACCAUCUGAAAGAAAUGAAUUUUGUAAAAGAAAAAGGCUCUUUUUUUUCUUUUUUUUUUACUUCUCUAGCAAAGAAAUAAAUUAUUAUUCAAUCUCACAA